CACCCAUGCGCCCCAGGUCGAAUGCCUUUUUUGAUUAAACUAAGUGUCACAAUGUCUCACUGACCAGUGUUCCUAACACAGAGCUAAGAUUCUUACCCUCUGUGUUCUCAUGGUACCCGAGGGUGUAUUUAUGUGAUGUUAAUUGUAUUUAUUUCUUUACUUGACUGUGUGAUAUUUUAUUCUGAGCUGCCCAAGAGUAGCUUUUUAGGUAAUGCAAAGAGAUCUUCAGUGACUUGUAGUGUAUUCAACAAAUGAAUGAAUGAGUGAGUAAUUAGCAUGGUAUUGCCAGAAUAAUGAUCCUUUUAAAGUACCCCUAGCUAAUCCCCUUGAAAGAUGGUAGAAUUUAAUUUUCAUAUAUAUAACAAUGUAUAUUUUUAUUCACUACUACAGAUAAACAAAGAGGCAUAAAAUGGUCAAGGCAAACUUGACAGUCAUUUCCAAUUUUAUUUUCCUGGGGUUUACUCGUUACCCCAAAGUUGAGGUCAUCAUAUUUGUGCUGUGCUUGCUGAUGUACCUGAUCACCCUGCUGGGUAAUAUCAUUCUGAUGUCCAUCACCAUCCUGGAUUCCCACCUACACAAACCCAUGUACUUCUUCCUCAGCAACCUCUCCUUUUUAGACAUCUGGUACACCUCUUCUGCUCUCACUCCAAUGCUGACAAACUUUGUUUCAGGGAAAAACACCAUCUCAUUCUCAGGAUGUGCCACUCAGAUGUACUUUUCUCUUGCCAUGGGCUCCACUGAGUGUGUGCUCCUGUCCACGAUGGCGUAUGACCGGUAUGUGGCCAUCUGCAACCCUCUGAGAUACCCCAUCAUCAUGAACAAGAGGGCUUGUGUGCAGAUUGCCGCUGGCUCCUGGAUGACAGGCUGCCUCACCGCCCUGGUGGAAACAGUAUCUGUGCUGCAGCUGUCUCUCUGUGGAAGUAGCAUCAUCAAUCACUUCACUUGUGAAAUUCUGGCUGUCUUGAAACUAGUUUGUGUGGAUACUUCCAGGGUGCAGUUAAUCAUGCUGGUGAUCAGCGUACUUCUUCUUCCUAUGCCGAUGCUCCUCAUUUGUGUCUCUUACGCGUUCAUUCUCUCCAACAUCCUGAGAAUCAGCUCAGUGGAUGGUGGAAGCAAAGCCUUUUCAACAUGCGCAGCCCACCUGACUGUGGUGGUUUUGUUCUAUGGGACAGCUCUCUCCAUGUACCUGAAGCCCUCUGCUGUAGAUUCACAGGAAAUAGACAAAUUUAUGGCUUUGGUAUAUGCUGGAUUAACCCCCAUGUUGAAUCCUAUCAUUUAUAGUUUACGGAACAAAGAGGUAAAAGCAGCUGUGAAAAAAUUGCUGAUUAGGAACCCUCUGUGUGCUUUUUUAAUCCCCCAGAGCAAAUCAUAACAUUAAUCUAAGGGGUGUAUUGAUGUGGUCAAUACAC